AUGCGUGGACGCCAGAACCUGCAGCACAGCAAUCAGAGUCACAGACAAGACGGUAGAUCUAGUACUAAAAUAAAAUCUUUUAUGAACGCCUACCAGACGCUACCUGAUGCUGUAGGCCAAGCGAAUGCCUUCUACUCUGACGUCCUAUUGAGUCUAAUAUUCUGUAAGUUUGUGACAGUAACGGUCCUUCUCUUUGUAUUCUUCUCGCCUGUCACGUCAGAAAGAAGAAUAAGCAACAUUUUCAUAGGAAUAUGGACUCUGUGUAACAUCUGUUAUCUGCUGUUGAUCGUCUCCUCAAGUUCUGACGUCACUCAAGCGGCGGAGGAGACAGCACCAAUAAUCUGCAAGCUGAUCAACGAGGAUUUGGAUCAGGGGCUCAAACAACAAUUGGAGUCGUUUUUGAUGCAGAUAGCAACACAAAAUGUGGUGUUUUCUGCAAGAGACUUUUUCCAGAUCAACAGGCGAAUGUUAACUACAAUGGCUGCCACAGUAACCACCAAUCUGGUAAUCCUGAUUCAAUUUAACACUCAAUCUAAGAACGAUAAUUAA